AUGGCUGCGCAAUGGUCUAGGGUGCGCGAUUUUCAUGCUUCCGGUCAAGCACCUGCCUUCAACAUAGCCAAUGGCCUCCUAGAUCACACCACCGGAGACUUGGCUCAAGUACCCGGAGUCAUGCAGGAAGUGGGCCGUAUAGGUAUUCAAUAUGCACCUUUGUGCGGCUUGACGUCGUAUCCCUGUGUCAAAGCCCUUAUAGGCUCAUAG